AUUUUCCUCACCCAAUAAUCCUAUAAAAAACAAUAAUCAAGAGCAAGGGAGAAAGAGAAACACACACACACUAAUAUAUAUAUUUAGAGAGAGAGAGAUAAAAACAGCUAAGAGAGAGAUAGAGAUAUGGUGUAUGCAGGUUACUGCUUAAAGGAGCAGAAGACAUGCGUGAGAUGGGUCGAGAGAUACUUCGACGACUGUCUUUGUAACCUAAACGAUGACGUUUCGUUCGCACUUGGAAUCGCUAGCCUUAUCUGUUGGGCCGUCGCAGAGGUUCCACAGAUCAUUACCAACUUCCGUACAAAGUCUAGUCAUGGUGUCUCUCUCUCCUUCCUCCUCGCUUGGGUCGCUGGUGAUAUCUUUAAUCUCAUCGGUUGUCUUCUUGAACCAGCUACCCUUUACACAGUGAGCACUGUGGUAUUGGUGAUCCAAACAAUUUACUACGACUAUAUCUACAGACUUUGUACGCCCGGACGAACCAAGAUCUGUCAAAAGGAGGAGGAAGAUGAAGAGAGGAGACCAUUAAAACCACAGAAGACGAUGGGAUCUGCCAUUUCCAUCCCCGGAGAAUCUUACAAAGCUUCUCCUCGGAAAGAGUUCUAUUACACGUCGGCAAGAUCAUUGGCCGGAAGCGGUACGCCGCCUUUAAGAACAUCAUAUUUUCGGGUGGCUAAGAGUGGCCCUUCGGCUAUGGCGAUAGACAGUGGUUCUUCCUCGGACGAAGAUGAGACAAUGUCGACGCUUCCUGUUGUAACGGCUAAGACCAUCACUCAACCAAGGCCAAUCCCAAGACAGGCAGGCUUUGGAACGUUCUUGGCUGCAUCGGUUAGCCUUCCGCUCCAGGCCAAGAGCCUAGCGGAAAAGUAUGCACACGCUUCAAGCAGACGGCUUCUAAAUGAAAGAAGAGUAGAGCAUAGCGCAUUGGGACAAUGGUUGGGAUGGCUAAUGGCUGCCAUUUACAUGGGCGGUCGCAUCCCUCAGAUUUGGCUCAACGGUUUGAAUCCACUUAUGUUCAUCUUCGCGCUUGUAGCCAAUGCAACAUACGUUGGCAGUAUUCUUGUCAGAACAACCGAAUGGGAAAACAUCAAACCAAAUCUCCCUUGGUUGCUUGACGCUAUUGUCUGCGUCGUGCUCGAUCUAUUUGGUUUUGAUCUCGAGGGUAUAUAUGCACCGCAAGGAACAGGUGUUAUGACGUCAACCUACUGUGAAGAUAAGGAUGGGUUUAGGUGUCCUGGCAUAGUCGGCCUUUACGCUAGGUUGGGACUACAUCGUUACAAUCUGCUGGAGGGUACAAACUUAGAGCUCACUCGUGUUAUCAAAUUCAACCAACUCAUUCAUUGUUUGUCUUCCUACUUCAUUACCUUGUUGGCUUGCGAUCCAGUUAGGGGUUCGAACAACAUAGUUUUUCAAGUGGAAGUAGAUGAAGAUAAGCAUCACUGUUUGGGUUUGACCGUGUCGAUUGCUCGACCUAAACGUGAGUCGUCCAUCUCCACCGUUGAGUCGCCUCAGGAGGAGUUACUCUCCUCCAUUGCUCACUUAUUCCCCACCUCGCCAUCGUUCACCCUUGAGGUUCCCUUCCCCACCACUGAAUCUCCCUUUUCCCCCACCAUGCAGUCAACAAAUGUUGAUCAUGAUGAAUUCCCAAGUGAGCCUUCACAUGGGCUUCUUCCUGUUGGUGAUGACAAGCUGCCUGAGUGGCCCUCUACGCAUGCUUUGAGUGACAGCAAACGGUUUCAUUUGGUGGAGGAAUCGCAGUUGCGAGACAAUGAUUGGAUCUCUAUAUCUUUGCAACUUCAAGUUUGUUUUUCUGCUCAUGUAGACCAAGCCUCCAAGUUCAAGUUGAAGAUUGUCAAAGUGGCGAUAGAAUCUAUUGACAAAGAUGUGGAGCCGCGCAAUGCCAAAAACGUAUUUGUAUACAUAACCUUUACGGGUUUAACCUUUAAGCGUUUGGCCACUCACAGUUUGCAUUUGGAUCGCCCAGUGUAUGAGCCUUUGGAACAUAAAGCUGUAAUCAGAAGACUGGUCGAUGAGCGUACAGGAAGCUUGAGCCUACUUGGUGGCUUUUUAGAUCAAGACCAUCUCUUUAUCCCUCCCCCUAUGGUUAAUGGUCACAUUGACUUUGACUCUGAGUUUAUUCGAAGUUGUUUAAUUGAUUCAAUGAUCUCAAACGAAGAGCAGAGGAGAGAUUUGGUGAGAAAUUCGGGGAGAAAUUUCUAAUCGUCUACCAAGUUGUUUCAAAGUGGAUUUGUGUUAAAUACUAUUUUUAUUUUAUUUUCCCUGGUUUUCCCGGUGUGCGUGUGUUUUCAAGUUUGUACUGCUGUUUGACUACAAUAAGUUAAUGUAUGUGCUUCAGUUUGGUAUAUAUUUUUAUCUAG